UAAAAUCUCUUUUGCUUUCGCUGUUUCCUUAAAAUUGGGUUGAAAUACGAUGGAAGUGGAUGCGGAGGAACCGAUUACCCACACGCUCCAGGCGCGUUUUGUGUCGGACACGGGAGAAGAGGCCGGUCCACCGCUCGAUCUGCCGAUAAAUGUGACCAAGGAACAGCUUGGGUUGAUUUGUAACGCUCUGCUGAAGAACGAGGAACAAACGCCGUACCUGUUUUUCGUGCACGAUGAAGAGAUCAAACAGUCCAUCCAGGAGACGCUGGAUCAGAAGAAGCUCAACGUGGAAGAUGUGCUGGAUAUCGUUUAUCAGCCGCAGGCCGUGUUCCGGGUGCGUCCGGUUACGCGAUGUACGAGCACGAUGCCGGGUCAUGCAGAGGCCGUCGUUUCACUCGCUUUCAGCCCGAACAGUGUCCACUUAGCCAGCGGAUCGGGCGACAAAACAUUGCGCCUUUGGGAUCUGAACACGGAAACCCCGCACUACACCUGUGUCGGUCAUCGGCAGUGGGUGAUGUGUGUGGCCUGGUCACCGGACUCGCUGAAGGUAGCGUCAGCUUGUAAGGCAGGCGAGAUACGAAUCUGGUGUCCGGACACGGGAAAACAGCUGGGAAAACCGCUGGUCGGUCACAAGAAGUGGAUCAGCUGUCUUGCUUGGGAGCCCUAUCACCGGAACUCCGAUUGCCGCUUUCUGGCCAGUGCCGGGAAUGAUAAUGAUGCACGUAUCUGGGACGUGGUGCUCGGUACGUGUGUUCGUGUGAUCGCUGGCCAUACGGCACCGGUCACAGCAGUCCGUUGGGGUGGCACAGGCCUGCUUUACACUUCAUCCCGUGAUCGAACGAUCAAAAUGUGGCGCGCAGAGGAUGGCGUGCUGUGUAAAACCUUCACUGGCCAUGCACACUGGGUGAACAAUUUGGCACUCAACACGGAUUACGUGCUACGCACGGGACCAUUCCAUCCGGUUAUGGACAAAGCACAAAUGUAUGGUGCAUCCGAAGGCGACAAAACGGCCCUACGACAGAUGGCACUCGAGCGGUUCGAGAAUGUCUGUCCGGAUGGUGUUGAGUCGUUCGUAUCCUGUUCUGACGACUUUACCCUUUACCUGUGGCGCUCAAAUCAGAAGCAGUUUAUCACGCGCAUGACUGGCCAUCAGAACGUGGUCAACGAUGUCCGGUAUUCGCCCGAUGUGAAGCUGAUUGCAUCGGCAUCGUUCGAUAAAUCGGUUCGUCUUUGGCGAGCGAGUGACGGUGCGUUCAUCUGUGCAUUGCGUGGCCACGUACAGGCCGUCUACACUGUGGCCUGGUCCGCCGAUUCACGCCUUGUGCUGAGCGGCAGCAAGGAUUCAACGCUGAAAGUGUGGAGUGUAAAGGAACGCAAGCUUGCGCAGGAACUCCCAGGACAUGCCGAUGAAGUUUACGGUGUGGAUUGGGCUCCUGACGGUUCCCGGGUAGCAUCCGGUGGCAAGGAUAAGGUUCUAAAGCUGUGGGCUUACUGAAUGGAUGGACGUUU